UUGUCGUUCAAGCUUGUGCGCUUGGUCCAGCAGCGCUUGAGUUGUACUAGAUAGAUGGGCACAUAUUUGUAGGCUCUUUGAAAGUUUGAAAUAUAUCCAGAUAAUCAGUUGAUGACUGUGUUGCUCUAAAACGACGUCAGUUAACAUUGCUUGGAGUUGAUGACAAGAGUUGAGGCGUAUUUUAAACCGUGCGUAAUUUAUUUCUCAGCUCCAUCAGUAAAAGUUUGAGUUUCCCUGACGAGACAUUGCAUUUGGACAUUUAACACCGGGAUAAGAUGACAGCGAUCAGAAUGAUUUCAUCAAUGCUGCUGCUGAUGCUGAUGCAGUCCGGAGUUCUUUGCGCACGGAGGUUCCGGGGUGGCCGCAACCCACAACCACGCCGCUCGCCACCUCCUCCCACAUACCGGGCGGACCGGGGGGACACCACGGAGAGCUUCCCUCUGGAUUUCACCGCCGUGGAGGAGAACAUGGAUAACUUCAUGACACAGGUGAAGAACCUUGCGCAGUCCCUCUACCCGUGUUCGGCGCAGAAGCUCGACUAUGACAUGAAGCUCAACUUUUUGGAGAAUACAUCAGUCACCUGCAACGAUGGGAGUCCUGCGGGUUACUACCUGAAAGAGUCUCGAGGCAGCAGACGGUGGCUGAUAUUCCUAGAGGGUGGCUGGUACUGCUUCAACAAGGAGAACUGUGACAGCCGAUACGAGACCAUGAGGAGAUUGAUGAGCUCAUCCACGUGGCCCCAAACUAAAACAGGCACAGGGAUCCUGUCUCCGCUGCCUGAGGAAAACCCUCACUGGUGGAACGCCAACAUGGUGUUCAUCCCGUACUGCUCCAGUGAUGUGUGGAGUGGCGCUACAGCCAAAACAGAGCAGAGUGGCUAUGCCUUCAUGGGCUCACUCAUCAUACAGGAGGUUGUGAAGGACCUGCUGAACAAAGGCCUGGACAACGCCAAAGUUCUCCUAUUAGCAGGAAGCAGUGCUGGUGGUACUGGGGUCCUUCUGAACGUGGACCAUGUGGCGGAGCUGCUGGAGGGACUGGGGCAUACUGGGAUACAAGUGCGAGGCCUGUCUGAUUCUGGUUGGUUCCUGGACAACAAGCAGUACAGCUGCACGGACUGCACGGAGUGCUUGGACGCCAUCACCUGCGCCCCCACUGAGACCAUCAAGAGAGGCAUCAAGUACUGGGGAGGAGUGGUUCCAGAGAGGUGCAGGCAAACCCAUGAAGGAGAGGAGUGGAACUGUUUCUUUGGAUAUAGAGUCUUCCCAUCGAUACAAAGCCCAGUUUUUGUUGUCCAGUGGCUGUUUGACGAAGCCCAGUUGGCAGUAGACAACAUCCAGCUAACAGGCCAGCCUGUGCAGGAGGGCCAGUGGCGCUACAUUCAAAAUCUGGGCAUUGAGCUGAGGAACACACUCAAAGAUGUCCCAGCUAUGUUUGCUCCAGCCUGCCUUUCACAUGAAGUUAUCACCAGAAAUUACUGGAUUGACAUUCAGGUUAAAGGCACCUCUUUACCACGAGCUCUGCACUGCUGGGACCGCAGCCUGAACGACAACAGGAACAACAAAGCUCCACCCAAGGGCUGCCCCGUUCAUCUGAUCGACAGCUGCCCGUGGCCGCACUGCAACCCCACCUGCCCCACCAUCCGAGACCAGUUUACAGGACAAGAGAUGAACGUCAUUCAGUUCCUCAUGCACAUGGGCUUCGAUGUGCAGAAGAUGGCUCAGCAGCAGGGCAUGGACCCCAGCAAGCUACUGGGCAUGCUAAGCAGCGGCAGCUAAACGGACACGCACGCGCGCGCGCACGCACACACGCGCGCGCGCACACACACACACACACACACACACACACACACACACACACACACACACACACACACACACACACACACACACACACACACACACACACACACACACACACACACACACACACACACACACACACACACACACACACACACACACACACACACACACACACACACACACACACACACACACACACAGCAUCUCCAAGCUAAGCCCAACCACGGCUGGCUGGUCUCUCUGACCGGCCCCCCAUAUCUGAUACCCCCAACUCCACCUUCACAACCCAUUCUACCUGUAGUCUACUCACAGGGGCUUAGAUUUGUCCCACAAUCCCUUUCCUCACAACUGGUGACAAGUAACAGGGGCAACACAAUACCAAGAAAAGGCACAACUCUCUGCUACUCUCCUUUUAAAUUAUCUUUUGCUUUGUAAAAAGAAAAAUAUCACGAAUGUAAUCCAGUUUUAAGGAUGCUCAUUGAUGUUUUGUUUUUUUAUAUUAUAUUCAUUCUACUUUAUAGAUUAUAUUUUGUCAUUGUUUAACGAGAAAAGAGGAGACACCAUAAGGAUGUAAGGAUGCUGUCUUUGUUACUAUAGAGUAUAUAACGUUUUUAUUUUUGUUUAAUACUGUUUAAUAGUUUCUCAUUACACAAAAACUACAUCAAGGCAGGGGCAUAUGAUAAGGUGAGGAAGGCACUGGAUCGGAAAAAACAUUUUGUAUUUGUCUAAGAAAUAAUGGCAAGAAGGAUAGAAAUAAACCUAGAUUCCUAUAAUCAGCCUGCGGUAAAAGACCAGGUUAACUUAACACACCCUCAAAGUUAGGCUGAAAAUAAAGCUGAAAACAUAUCAUAUUUUAUUCUUUGUUAAUUAAAGUACCCAGAAUAAUAAGUCAAACAAGAACCAAAUACAGACAAUGCCAUAUACUUUAUAUAUGCUUUUUGAUAUUAUCAUGGAUUGAAAUAACUAUUACGGUACGAAUUAGCAUAUAUUCUACAGCUGUAAAGACAAUGCCUGGUUUGGUGGUUUGAAGUUGAUUGUGGUUCUAACCUGGAAACACUAACAGUCUAUCAUUAGAUAUACAUAAACCACAUUACAUCUCAUCUUUACCUAUUUCUCACAUGCUACAUCAUCCCAAGACUGUUGAAGACUUUGAGUACUCAUUCUUGUUGGGUCAGUAGUAGUCAGUAACAAUCCUCAAAUCAAUGGAAUGAACAUUUAAAGGGAGACAAAUAUUGUGUAUUGUAUAUUUGUUGAGUAUUUGUAUAGGUUCUUUCAAGUGUUCACUAUUGUAACUCCCUUCUUAUAUAUCAUAAUAGAGAUCACUUUUUAAUAUAAUGAUAGUGUUGUAUCUAAUGAUGUCCUUAUAAAUGAUGUUUUCAAAGGACCUCUAUUUUGCAUCACACCAGAGAAGGAAAGGUAUUACUAAUAGUAAUUUUAUUCUGUAACAUAUUUUUUCACAGAAAGAAACUCAAGCUACAUUGGUAAUUUACAUAUUUAUUUUGUUAUGUAAAUCAUAUUUAUAAGUGCUAUUUACACAGAGAAGUGAUUCUUUGUAAAUUGUAAAUACAUUGCUGUUUUUUCUCUUUGUGUUGAUUGCAUGUCUUUGUAUCAGACCUAAAAGAAAAGACACAUUACAUAUACUACUAGCUAAA